CGGCGGAGAAACGGGAGGAAAACGGGAGGAAAAACGGAUCAAACCGGACAAAAACGGAGUAAAAACGGGAGAGGAGCGGCGGCGGCGGCGCCCCCCGCACGCGGCGGCGCUCGAGUGACGCUAUCGCGACAUCCCCGCGCCAUCGCCGCCGCGGCCCCAACGGGCGGGGCCGCCUCGGGAGCUGCCGGCGCCCCCCGAGGGGAUGCCGAGAGCGCCCCGCCAUGGCUGACAAGAGGAAACUGCAGGGGGAGAUUGACAGGUGCCUGAAGAAGGUGUCGGAGGGGGUGGAGCAGUUCGAGGACAUCUGGCAGAAGCUGCACAACGCCGCCAACGCCAACCAGAAGGAGAAAUACGAGGCCGACCUGAAAAAGGAAAUAAAAAAACUGCAGCGGCUGCGGGACCAGAUCAAGACAUGGGUGGCCUCGAACGAGAUCAAAGACAAGCGGCAGCUGAUCGACAACCGCAAACUCAUCGAGACGCAAAUGGAGCGGUUCAAGGUGGUGGAGCGCGAGACGAAGACGAAGGCGUACAGCAAGGAGGGGCUGGGGCUGGCGCAGAAGGUCGACCCCGCGCAGAAGGAGAAGGAGGAGGUCGGGCAGUGGCUGACGAACACGAUCGACACGCUGAACAUGCAGGUGGAUCAGUUCGAGAGCGAGGUGGAGUCGCUGUCGGUGCAGACGCGCAAGAAAAAGGGAGACAAGGAUAAGCAGGACCGCAUCGAGGCGCUGAAGCGGCAGGUGGAGCGGCACCGCUUCCACGUGCGCAUGCUGGAGACGCUGCUGCGCAUGCUGGACAACGACUCGAUCCCGGUGGAUCCCGUGCGGAAGCUGAAGGACGACGUGGAAUAUUACGUGGAUUCCUGCCAGGAGCCCGACUUCGAGGAGAACGAGUUCCUCUACGACGACCUGGACCUCGACGACAUCCCGCAGGCUCUGGUGGCCACGUCCCCCCCCAGCCACUCCCAGAUGGAGGAUGAGAUCUUCAACCAGAGCAGCAGCACCCCGACCUCCACCACCUCCAGCUCCCCAAUUCCCCCGAGUCCUGCUGCAAACGCUGAGAACUCGGAGGAUGACAAAAAGCGCGGCCGCUCCACCGACAGCGAGGUGGGACAGUCUCCCGCCAAGAACGGCGCCAAGCCCCUCCCCCACGGCCACGCCCCCUCCCCGGCUGGCCCCGCCCCCUUCUCCGGCCCCGCCCCCGGCCCCGCCCCCCUGAACAACGGCCCCUCCCCCUCGGGGGCGGGGCCCGGGGGCGGGGCCCAGAGCGCGCAGGGGGCGGGGCCUGGGCCCAAAGGGGGCGGGGAAAGGGGCGGGGCCCACCCGCCAAGCUCCACCCCCACCCCCUACGCACAGGCCGUGGCCCCGCCCCCGGCCCCGCCCCCCAGCGCGCCCCAGCCCCGCCCCCCCAGCGCCCAGCAGGGCGGGAAACAGAACGGGGGCGCCACCAGUUACAGCUCGGUGGUCGCCGACAGUUCCUCGGAGUCGGGGCUGGGGGGGGGCGGCCCCCAGACCCCCCUGGGGCAGCCCCCGGGGCACGGGACCCCCGGCACGGCCACGAAGGAGCCCGGGCCCGGCCCCGCCCCCGCGGCCGGAGGGGGCGGAGCUUCGCUGCUCGGCCCCGCCCACGGCGCAAACCCCGCCCCCUCCCCCUCCCCGCCCUUCCCCGAGCCGAAGGGCGGAGCCGCGCAGGCCCCGCCCCUCCUCAAUGGCCCCGCCCCCUUCGGGCCCGCCCCCGAGAUCAAGGUGCCGGAGCCGCUGAGCAGCCUCAAGUCAAUGGCCGAGAGAGCCGCGAUGGGGGCGGGGCUGGAGGAGGCGGGACCCCCCCUGCACCUGGGGGAGCGCGAGCUGCUGCUGGGCCCCGGGGCCGCCCCCCCCAGCUCGGGGGUCCCGGGGGGGGUCCCGGGGGGGGUCCCGGGGGGGUCGCUGGGGGAGGUCAGCAUCCCCCUGUCCCUGGGGGUCUGUCCCCUGGGCCCCCUGCCCCUGCCCAAGGAGCAGCUGUACCAGCAGGCGCUGCAGGAGCCCGCCUGGCACCACAUGCCGCACCCCUCCGACUCCGAGAGGAUCAGGCAGUACCUGCCCCGGAACCCGUGUCCCACUCCGCCCUACCACCACCAGCUGCCCCCGCCCCACUCGGACACCGUGGAGUUCUACCAGCGCCUCUCCACCGAGACCCUCUUCUUCAUCUUCUACUACCUGGAGGGCACGAAGGCGCAGUACCUGGCGGCCAAGGCGCUGAAGAAGCAAUCGUGGCGUUUCCACACCAAGUACAUGAUGUGGUUCCAGCGGCACGAGGAGCCCAAAACCAUCACCGACGAGUUCGAGCAGGGCACUUACAUCUACUUCGACUACGAGAAGUGGGGGCAGCGCAAGAAGGAAGGAUUCACCUUCGAGUAUCGGUACCUGGAGGACCGAGACCUGCAGUGAGGGACCCCAAAAUCCCCCAAAAAAACCCCAAAAAACCCCAAAAAAACCCUUUGCAUGCCCCGGGGGGGUAAAACCAGCGGCACCCCCAAACCCCCUCAGC